ACAACAAAAACAAUCAGUAGCGUCCAUGGCCAUGCACCCGCAUUUGCCCGGGCCGGCAAAUUAAAGCGGUGAGCAUGCUCUAGCCUCUGGGUAAUUUGACUUCGUUAAUUACGAGCGGGGCAGCCUAUUUAUACACACGCUGCGCCGCCGCUGAUCCGCUCCGGUCCCUUGAUCUGGGAAGGCAUCUUGUGCUUUCCCGUCACCGCCCUUGGUCCGCGUCCCCCCCUCCCCGCGCGCGCGCGCACGACGGCGCGCGGCGGCCAUGAAAAUCAUGAAGCCACCGCCGCACGGGCACGGCACGCCGACCCUGUUCGCGCUGCUCUCCCUCUCACUGCUCCUGCUGCGCCUGCUCCUCCGCCUCCGCUUCGCCGCCUUCCGCGACGCCGCGCUCUCGCUCCACCUCCUGGCCCGGCUCCGCCUCCGCCCCGUCCUGCUCCGCCUCCCCGCGGGCGCCGGCGCCACCACGCUCCGCGUCUGGUGCCCGUCCUCGCCGUCCCGCAAGCCGCCGCUGCUCCUGCUGCACGGCUUCGGCGGGGACGCCAAGUGGACGUGGGCGCGCAACCUCCCGCGCCUGUCCCGCCACUUCCACGUCUACGCUCCGGACCUCGUCUUCUUCGGCGCGCACUCCCGCUCCGCCUCGCCGCUCCGCUCCGUGGCGUUCCAGGCGCGCUGCGCCGCCGACGCCAUGCGCCUCCUCGGCGUGCCGCGCUACGACGUCGCCGGGAUCAGCUACGGCGGCUUCGUCGCGUACCGGAUGGCCGCCGCCGAGGCCAGGGGCGCCGUCGGGAGGGUCGUGGUCAUGACCAGCGGCGUCGCGGCCACGCCCGCGGAGAUGCGGGAGAUGGCCGCGCGGGAGGAGCGGACCGUCGAGGAGGCGCUGCUCCCGGAGACCGCCGAGGGGCUGCGCUUCCUCGUGCGGCGCUCCAUGCACCGCCCACCGCCGUGGAUGCCGGACUUCGUCCUUGACGACUUCAUCAAGCUCAUGUGCGUGGAUCAAAGGAAGGAGAGGGCGGAGUUGCUGCAGGAACUGCUCAAGAACGGAGCUGGCUUCGAUCCCCUCCCGGUUCUUACCCAGGAGACACUGAUCAUCUGGGGAGACAAGGACAUGGUGUUCCCCGUCGACCUCGGCCACCGGCUGCAAAGGCAUCUGGGAGGCAAUUCCAGGCUAGAGAUCGUCAAGGACGCAGGGCACGCGCUGCAGCUGGAGGGUGCCGAGCACGUCAACAAGUUCAUCAAAUCGUUCCUCCUGGACGAACGACAAACUGGGCCGGGCGUCGCCGUCGCCCAGAAGUAAGGCCUUUUCCUUCUUCGGAGGAGGAGGAGAGGCCCAGCAGAAGCAAGGCCUGCUUCACAAGCUCUUCCAACGCAUCUCCACCAUAUGCCCGGAAAAUAAGGCUCGUAGCGUAUGAUCCGGAGCUCCGGACAGGAUGUAACUGUAAUUAAAAAAAAUGUAGCAGAGCAUCCUGAGCUCGAAGGAAUUGUUGCUCUCAAGUCUGAACUACUUGUAGUAUAAUGUCUGAACUUCUGUGGCUGAAAUUCAGAGGGCUCUGCCUGCCGGGUGCUCUGUCUUUUCUUCUGGCUCGAGUGCGAGCCAUACUACUGGACUGACCGCCCUUUUGACUUUAAUAUAUGUGCGAAAUGUAUUCUUGCGA